AUGCAGAAUAAAAACAGGAAACGAGAGGAAAUGCUCCAAGCAGGUUAUGGAGGACAGUACGGGGUCGGGAUGACGGCAACGGGAGCAACGGUGGUCAUAAAAAAGGAGGCAAAGAAGGUAAAAAUCCAGCCGAUCAACGGAGACCCUGUGGCCAUGGAUUUAACAGCCAACGAAUCCCUCGCCCUGAGUUUUCGGCUUUGGAGGGGAACGCAUGGAAAGAAGGACUGGCAACGAAAGCAAUCAUUUCCAGGCGGAGAAGGCCCAGACGAUCGACCAUGGGACUGGCCACUCUGGGUCCUCUGGAGAGAAAAAUGGAGAUCGAGCUUUAUCGCCAUCGAAUGA